CCCUGCCCGGAAGCAAGAUGGCGGCGGCCUGAGUGGGCCGGCCGGGCGUCGGGGUUGCCGCGAAACCGUCUUUCCGGGAAGUGUCGGAGGCGUUGUCGGACAGCAGCUCCGGGCCACUCAUCGGCUGCUGGGGGCCUGUGGGUGCACAGCUCCUCCCGGGCCCAGCCGGCCAUGGCGUGUAGACUGGCCCCGCUGGGCAGCCCGCUUCCUCGCUGCCUCUGGCUCCUGGGGCUCGUGCUGCUGAUGCGCGCCUCUGCACGGCCUGCCAACCACUCUUCUGCUCGGGACCGAGCCAGCAGAGACGAGCACGAGAUCCUGCCCCCUGACCACCUGAACGGGGUGAAGCUCGAGCUGGACGGGCACCUCAACAAGGACUUCCAUCAGGAGGUGUUCCUGGGGAAGGACACGGACGGGUUUGAGGAGGAUGCCGAGCCGCGCAAGAGCAGGCGGAAGCUGAUGGUCAUCUUCUCCAAGGUGGAUGCUGACACCGACAGGAGGAUCAGUGCCCAGGAGAUGCAGCGCUGGAUCAUGGCCAAGUCUGCCGAGCACCUGCGGGAGGCUGUGCAGGAGAGCCGGGCACACUUUCACGCCGUGGACCCCGAUGGGGAUGGCCGCGUGUCAUGGGACGAGUACAAGGUGAAGUUCUUGGUGAGCAAAGGCCAUGAUGAGGCAGAAGUGGCCGAGAAGAUGAGGAACCAUGAGGAGCUGAAGGUGGAUGAGGAGACACAGGAAGUCCUGGAGAACCUCAAGGACCGCUGGUACCAGGCGGACAACCCCCCCUCGGACCUGCUGCUGACCGAGGACGAGUUCCUGUCCUUCCUGCACCCCGAGCACAGCCGUGGCAUGCUGAAGUUCAUGGUCAAGGAGAUCGUGCGGGACCUGGACCAGGACGGAGACAAGCUCCUGUCCCUGUCUGAGUUCAUCUCCCUGCCGGUGGGCACCGUGGAGAACCAGCAGGGCCAGGACAUCGACGACCACUGGGUCCGAGACAGGAAGCGUGAGUUUGAGGAGCUCAUCGAUGCCGACCACAAUGGGAUUGUGACCAUGGAGGAGCUGGAGAGCUACAUGGACCCCAUGAAUGAGUACAGCGCUCUCAACGAGGCCAAGCAGAUGAUCGCCAUCGCAGAUGAGAACCAGAACCAGCACCUGGAGCCCGAGGAGGUGCUGAAGUACAGCGAGUUCUUCACGGGCAGCAAGCUGGUGGACUAUGCCCGCAACGUACACGAGGAGUUCUGAGGCCGCCUCCUGUGCUUGGAGCCGGCCCUGUGGCGGGCUGAGACCACAGGCACAGCUGCUCCUGCUGGUCCCAGGAGAACUGAAAGUGGAGACGAACAGGGAGGCUUUGGGUGCCCGUGUCUGCGGCAAGCCCUGGGGUGCUGGGGGCUGUCCGUCCUAACGGUCUCUAGAAGAACGGAGACUCAGUGACCAGAGUCAGCAGAUUCAUGUUCAAGGAGAGCUGCCUUUUUCUCCCAGUUGCAUUUCUUUGAUGAUAAACACACAAAAUAAUUUGGA